GAUAAUUUUAUUUUUUUUAUUUCCCGUUAUAAUACAAUUUACAACAAAAUUUCAAGAAUCCUCUUUGACCCGGAAGAGGUUCUUCUACGCCGGACCUCCAUGAUUCCCUUUCAACAAAGAACAAGAGAAGCCACUUCGACGUAUUUAAAAGUAUAUUUUUAAGGUGGAAUUCAAACUUAUCAAGAAAUGUUUUAUCACAUUUCUUUGGAGCAUGAAAUCCUUCUCCACCCCAGGUACUUCGGUCCCAAUCUACUUAACACCGUGAAGCAGAAGCUUUUCACAGAGGUAGAGGGAACUUGUACUGGCAAGUAUGGAUUUGUCAUUGCAGUAACCACUAUCGACAACAUCGGAGCGGGUGUCAUCCAGCCAGGCAGAGGUUUUGUCCUCUAUCCAGUCAAGUACAAGGCCAUUGUUUUCCGCCCGUUUAAGGGCGAGGUGGUGGACGCUGUGGUCACUCAGGUUAACAAGGUUGGAUUGUUCACAGAAAUCGGUCCCAUGUCUUGCUUCAUCUCUCGCCAUUCCAUCCCCACAGAAAUGGAGUUCGACCCCAAUUCUAAUCCACCUUGCUACAAGACUGGCGAUGAGGACAUUGUAAUCCAGCAAGAUGAUGAGAUCCGGCUGAAGAUCGUGGGAACACGAGUCGACAAGAAUGACAUUUUUGCAAUUGGAUCUCUCAUGGACGACUAUCUGGGUCUUGUGAGCUGAUUUGCCUCUGGAGCACAUCAGUCUUCUUUUACAAUAUUUUUCUACACUUCAUAGCUACUUUUUCCAGUUUUUUUUAACUGGUGUAAAAAACCUAAAAAUAAACGUGUUUAUGGUAAUCAGUAUAUAGAUCAUCUCAUGAGUGAUAGUUUAUUUUAUGGAGAAGAUGUACUUGCAUAUGUCCAUUUAUAUUGUUUUUAUAUCUAAACUGUAAUAAAGUUUGUCAUUUGAA